AUGCUGCAGGGUUUUGGUGAUGUCCAUGAGAGAUUUGUGGGAAGCAGGUAAGUUUGUGUUUCACCUGCAAAUCCUCCUUCUGUCUAUGUUCCAAACGACUCUUGAUUUACCUUGAUUUAUACCUGGACUGAUAUUGUGACAGACGUUAAUUGCAGUCUUUUAAUGUUCAGUGUAAAGCGUGUUGGGAUUCACGGUAUUGAGUACAGACCUGGAUGUGUCUUGAGGCUACGCGAAAUGGAUGAUGUGGAGAAUGAAUAUCCUGUACAUGGACAAGUAGACGAGAUCAUCGUUUGGGAAGAUGAGAAAUUUUUGAUUUUGACAGAACUUGCAACUCUUUCUUUUGACCAUCACUUCAUGGCAUAUGAAGUUGAGAGUACUGACCAUAAAGCGGUUGUUUGUGCCAUGAUUUACCAUGGUAUGGAGUAUUGCAUAUUUGAGGCAGCGUGGCCGAGUGGUCAGUGCGUCGGACUCGCAAUC